AUGGAAACAGCCGGUGGUAUAGCCGAAACAUUUAGAAAUGGGACGUUCUUAGUUACCGGGAGUACGGGAUUUUUGGGGAAAAUACUCGUGGAAAAAUUACUCAGGUCUUGUAACGUGAAAAAUAUAGCGAUUCUCGUGAGGAGUAAAAAAGGAUUGGAUCCCAGUCAGAGGGUUGCAGAUAUCUACAAACAAGCUCUUUUCGAACGACUUCGUAAUGAAAAACCCGAUUUUAUGGACAAAAUUAAAGUCAUCCAUGGGAACAUCGAAGAAGAAUCAUUGGGUUUAUCGACAGCAGAUCGUAACUGGAUCUUGGAAAAUGUGAAUUUCGUUUUUCAUUGCGCAGCUACGGUCAAAUUCGACGAAGCCCUGGAGUUGGCGACCAAAAUAAACAUUCAAGGAACCAACAACCUGUUGACAUUAGCCGCGCAGAUGAAAAAUCUUAAGGGUUUUGUGCACGUGUCGACGGCAUAUUCGCACUGUCCAAGGAAUGAGAUCAGAGAACAAUAUUAUCCGACUCCGGUCUCAGCCAAGGAGCUAAAAAAUUUGAUGAGGAAAGACGAUCUGUCCGAAUCUAAAAUGUUAGAAAAUUGGCCGAACACGUACACUUUUACAAAAGCAAUUACUGAAAAUAUGAUAUCGACAAACGAAAACCGCUUGCCCAUUUCCAUUUUUCGUCCAUCGAUUAUCGGGUGCACGAAAUCCGAACCAGAACCAGGAUGGUUGGAAAACAUGAACGGGCCCACAGGAAUAUUAACAGGUGCCAUGGUCGGAUUUUUGAGAACGAUGAACAUUGACACAGACAAAGUAACCGAUAUAAUCCCAGCGGAUUAUACUGCCAACGCACUGAUCAGUGUUAUGUGGGAUACCGUAAAAAGACAUGAAGACUGUGGUUACACAAAAUAUGAACAACCAAAAAUCUACAAUUACGUUUCAAGUGCUGAUAGCCCGUUGACGUGGAACGAAUAUAUUGGAGGAAUAACUGAACAUUACAACGUGUCACCACCUUUGCGGUCAAUGUGGUACGGGUUUUUGGUUGCAUACACCAACUUGUGGAUCGGCAUGGUUUUGAAAUUUCUCCUGCACCGGAUACCGGCAGCAUUUGUCGACUUUUUGUUAAUCAUAAGCGGAAAAAGUCCCAAAAUGUUGAAAAUGUAUGCGAAAACAGAAUAUAUGACGGGUAUAAUUAAACUGUUUAUUACGAGCCAAUGGAAAUUUGACAACAGCAAUAGCGUCAAACUAUUAUCUUCACUAAGCAUAGAAGACCGGGACCAAUUUGAGUUCGGCAUGGUCAAUUUCGACUGGAAAUCAUAUAUAAAAAGCUAUUACUAUGGGAUUAGAAAACAUAUACUGAAAGAAGAAAUGAGUAACCUGGACAAAGCGUUAUCUAAAAACCGGAAGUUGUACUGGUUGCAUAAGUUGUGCGUCGUUCUAUUUUUCUAUUUCAUAUUACAAUUGUGUUGGACUUGUAUAAAAUAUAUAUCGAUGGGUACACAGCAAAACCUCGUAAGUCACUUUUAUCAAAUUGCUCAGUAA